AUGCUUCCAACGCCAGAUACCUCUCACGUCCCCUACGAGCGUGUCUACGAGCCCGCCGAAGACUCAUUCCUCCUCCUCGACACGCUCUCAUCCGCUUCCGAGACGCAGUAUCUCCACGAGACCUUCUCAUCCGAUGCGUCAUCACCACCACCAAAGGCCAUCCCCUUCGUAGUCGAGCUGGGAACAGGGUCCGGCGUCGUCCUGGCCUUCAUCACCGCCCAUGCAAAGACUCUCUUUGGCACAAACCAGAUUCUCACCGCGGGAGUAGACAUGAACGCCUUUGCCUGCCGUGCCACCAUCAAGACUGUGGAAAAGGCACAGGCCGACUCAGUCGCCGAAGCAGGCAGCCAUGAGAAGCCUCACGGACUGUACCUGGGCUCCGUUAUGGGCGACUUGGCAGCUCCGUUGAGAAAUCAUUCCGUGGACGUGCUGGUGUUCAACCCGCCGUACGUGCCCACUUCAGAGAUGCCUUCUCGGCCGGAGACGUUUACGCAGGAUUUACCGUCAAAGACGUCGUUUGACGACGAUUCUUAUUUGCUUUCACUGUCCUAUGCUGGCGGAAAAGAUGGCAUGGAGACUACGGAUAGGCUGAUUGACGCUUUGCCGGAGAUUCUCUCGCCGAGAGGGUGCGCCUACAUUCUUCUUUGCGCGCAGAAUAAGCCUGAGGAGGUCAAGACCCGGAUACAGACUUUUGGUCCUGAAUGGAGAGCUGUGACGGUUGGGUCUAGUGGGAAGACGGCUGGAUGGGAGAAGCUGCAGAUUGUGCGGAUAUGGAGAGACAUAUCGGCUUGA